ACCGCCUCAGUAGUUUCUCUCACUGCUGAAGCAGAUCCUCGCAAACACACUCCCACAUCCAAACACACACACUGCACACCCGAAAAUCCCCCCACUUACGAGAAAGAGGAGUGUCGCUGGGCUAGAGUCGCUUUCUGCGCUUUACUGAGUGGAACUGCGGACUGUCUGUGGAGCUUGGGGGCUGUUUUUGUCGCGUUUAAUCCUCUGAGGUAACGUAAUCUGGGACUCUUGAGGCGGGAAUGAGAGAGAUGCGCUCGAGCGCUUACUGGACUUUCACUCUGUGAGGAGCAAACAGGGUUGUGUGUCUCUAAUCUGAACCAUCUUUCCAAGUGCCAUUUGACCUGAAUGAGCAGCUUAGCGACGUACAGAAGAGAAAAGAAUCCCCCCCACCCCUCCAGAGUGAAUCGCAGAAGAGAGCGAGUGUGAAAGCCUAGAGAGGUGAAGACAGCAGGAAAAAACAGUAGAGAUGAGUGACGAGUUGAGACAGGGGGUGGUGACGACCCCUCCGCCCCCAAGCAUGGGGAAAAGGGAGGGCUACUUCGACCGCAUCAACGAAAACGACCCUGAAUACCUGCGUGCACGCAACAUGUCACCCGACCUGCGACAAGACUUCAACAUGAUGGAGCAGAAGAAAAGGGUCACACAGAUACUACAGAGUCCAGCAUUUAAGGAUGAGCUAGAGGGACUGAUCCAGGAACAGAUGAACAAGGGGAACAACCCCACAGAGCUGCUCGCUCUGCGGCAGAUCGCAGACUUCUUCAUGGCCAGCUCUGUAGCCGGCUUCUCCACCUCCCCCCUCAGUGAGUGUCACCAUGGUUUGGCAAUGGUGACCCCAAUAAACGACAUGUUCAGCAUGGAGUCCAGUACUGUGGUGAAGGGAGAGAAACAGAUCCGCUCCAAACUGGCCAGCCUCUACAGACUAGUGGACCUAUUCAGUUGGGCCCACUUCACAAACUGUUACAUCACAGUUCGUGUCAGUAAGGAGCAGGAUCAUAUCCUCAUCAUCCCCAGAGGACUGUCCUUCUCUGAGGCCUCUGCGUCCAAUCUGGUGAAGGUAAAUAUUCUUGGCGACGUGAUCGAUCAGGGCUCCACCAACCUGCAGAUCGACCCGUCCGGCUUCAGCCCUCACGCUGCCAUCUACUCCGUGAGACCUGAUGUGCGCUGCAUCAUUCACAUACGCACACCAGCCACUGCUGCUGUGUCGUCUAUGAAGUGCGGCCUUCUGCCCAUCUCUCAGGAGGCUCUGAUCCUGGGUGACAUUGCAUAUUACAACUACCAAGGCAGUCUGGAUGAGCAAGAGGAGCGCAUAGAGCUCCAGAAAGCCCUCGGACCAUCAACAAAGGUGUUGGUUUUAAGGAAUCAUGGGGUUGUAGCUCUCGGGGAGACCAUUGAAGAGGCCUUUCACUACAUUUACAACGCUCAGCUUGCCUGUCAAACACAAGUGAAUGCGUUGUCAUGCGCCGGAGGAGUGGAGAACCUGAUCGUGUUGGAUCUGGAGAAGUAUAAAACUCGGACACAGGGGGUGGCAGAAGCCGGGGUCAACAUGGGCUCUCAGCACAAGUGGAGGCUGGGAGAACUGGAGUUCGAGUCACUCAUGAGAAUGCUGGACAACCUGGGUUACAGGACAGGCUACACGUAUCGGCACCCCAUUGUGCGGGAGAAGCCGCGACACAAGAGCGAAGUGGAGAUUCCUGCAACAGUGACCACUUUCAUGUUUGAUGACGAUGAUACUCCACGUUUCCCACUGAAGUUACUGCAGCAGCGACAGCAGAGAGAGAAAACACGCUGGCUCAAUUCACCCAACUGCUACAUGAAGGUGAACGUGUCGGACGGGGCGAGUGAGGAGAACGGACGCACCAAGACCAUGUGGAUGAAGUCAGAUGAUAAUGGAAACACCAGCGGGACUCCGAUCCGCAUUGAAGAUCCAAACCAGUUUGUUCCUCUGAACACGAACCCUAAUGAAGUUCUGGAGAAGAGAAAUAAGAUUCGUGAGCAGAACCGGUUUGACAUGAUGACAGCAGGGCCACAGUCACAGCGGCUGGCAGGGAUUGUGGUGGAGAGACCGCCGCCAUACAUGGGUGACGAUGAGGAACAGACGGAACCGCUUCCUCCAAACCCCUUCAGCGAGCUGAGUGAGAAAGAGCUGGAGGGCCACCAGAAACGAGGAGAACUUCAGCAGCUCGGAUUAGAUGAUGAAGAGCAGCUCACGUCAGACGACGCUUCCACACUCUCUCAAUCAGUGUCCCAAACUCAGUCUCCACAAAACACUCCAGCUAAACAAGAGAACCACACGGGCGUGAUGCUGAACGGUAAAGACGACCACGGUGACGAGGACGAGCUCAUCAAGCGCGUGAGCCAGCUGACCACCAGCGUGGAAAGCGUAGAGAUCACCGUGCGCUCGGGAGAGAAGAUCGAAGAGGCUCUGACGCCCGAGAGCUCGCCCUCCAAAUCACCCAACAAGAAGAAGAAAAAGUUCAGAACCCCGUCCUUCCUGAAGAAGAACAAAAAGAAAGAGAAAGUGGAAGCCUAGAGGAAGGAGUGAACCCACGCCGCUUUGUUUGUUGGUUUAUGUUUUUAAGUUUGUUUUUGAAAAAAACAUGGCACGUUGUUUUGGGAGUCGGUGAAUAGAUGGAGCGUCAUCUGUUUUUAAGAGACAUGCCAUGAUUAUAAGAUGAGAUUUAUACAUGAAGAGAAGCGAGGGGAAACUCCUGGGAAACUGGCUUUUCUCACCUGAUGGACUGAAAAUGUUCCUGUACAGUUUCCUAUUGAUUUUAUCUCAUGAGCCCAUUAUUUUUUCAUACUGUAUGUUUAUUAGAUUCUCAUACAGACCUUUUAUGAGCCCCUUUUCUAUCCACCACGUCAUCUCUCGUGGUUUGCGUGGUUUCUCCAGCUGUAGAUGGACGGUAAGUGUAAUUGGUUACACUACACAGGAGACUCUAAAGAAUCACGCUGGAAGCCGUUCGGGGGUUAUUUUAACAGGGUUUGUUUUAUUCUGUUUCUCUUAUGUUGCCUGCGAUGGUCUAAAAAUUGGGUCUGAUCCUGGGUAGAGUCACUCCAGUCUCCUCUCCGUACUGUUCUUUGCCAAACUAAAAGAUUCAGUGGCUAAAAAAGCAGAGCAAUCACGUUUUAGUGAACAUCAACUCUUCAUCUCUUAUGAAAUAUUUUAGCUUUUUUUUUAAUUGAAACGAUUUCGUUUUUAUCCAUACAGUUUUGUACUCAUUUCUAUACUUUAACAACGAAAAUACAGAAUCUUGAAGCAUGUUUUGCGAGUCUGACUGCAGUGCCUGACUUCUCAAUCGUGUAAGAUUACUAAACAUGUAACAGAAAUAUAUGAAACUGGAGUGAUGAUAUAAAUAUAUAUAUAUAUAUAUUGUGCUGCACUUUUAAAUGUGGUAUACAUAACGUGGAUGAACUUAGCAGGAGAUCUAAAGCGAAAGAGGUGUGAUAUGAAAACAUGAGAAAUGUUUUAGCAUCUAGAAAAAGGGUGGAGAAGGGAAACACAAAAUAUAUAUUUGUAAACUGUAUUUUUGAAAAAGUCUCAGUCCCAAAGCAAAGUACUGGCUCUCAUGGGGUCAACAGUGGGUCCAAAUCUAUUGAGUGUAAUUGAUUCCCAUCACAUCAGACAUUUGAGCUUCAUUCAUUAUGUCACCUUGUGACCGCCACAAGUCAUCCCAUAACCAUCCAACAGACUUAAGUCUCCAAAGCUUUAGAGUUACCAAGUUUGAGAAGCAGCAUUGUGCAGUGUGCUUUUUACAUCUAAAACUGGAUUGAUUCACUCAUCUUCCCUCCAGUUCCCAUGAGGUCAGAUGUUGCUUGUUUUGCCCAUUUUAAAGCGCCCCGCCACACGAGAUCACACUCUGUGGACAGAAUGUACACCAAAAGCUAAUCUCUCAUGGUUAAUAUUAGCAAUUUGACCUCAGUUUGAACUCAGUUAGGCUUGAAUGUAGUCAUCGUACAUCCUGUAGGGGGAGGAAGAGGAGGAACCACUGAGAGAGAGAGAGAGAGAGAGAGAGAAGUAUAUCCCAGUGGGCAAUGUGAAGGACUGGCUUGGGCACAGAGAGAGAGACAGACACUUCUACGCUGUGUAAAUAGCAUGUGCUUUUGGAUGCGGGCCAGGCGUGUAUUAAAACACAUUUAAAGCUGCACGGGGUGCGAGUUUAGAGAGAGAACUGGAGCGCACGGGAAGAUUAACUCGUUUUAUUGCUUUAACUUUUUCUUAUUUUGCUUCUUUUUGCUUUGGUUUCUAUUGCUUUUUUUUUCUUUCCCCCCUUCUGACCGUUUUGCACCUUGUUUUACUAACGCCUCUCUGUUGUAGUCUGGUUCAGAAGGCCUGUUUGAGCCGAGCCUCUUUGUGACCUGUGAAAUCCUAUAUAAAUGGUUAUCUAACGGACUUGCUUUUAGAUGUAUUGCUAAUCAGUGUAAAUUCACAAAUAAACUAUUUUAAGAAGCAAA